AGCAAUGGCUGCGUUGCAAGCGCCGUACCAAAUUAUACAGGGGCCAGCUGAAAAGACCAGUAUCAUUAUCGGAUCUUGGCAAUGAGAUAGGCAGCUUUUUCUGCUGGGAUUCGUUCAGCUACGUUCGCGUUGCUCGCAACUGACUCUGAUCCAUGAGCGGUGGCGCUUCUAAUUUCACAGGGGAAGGAUGUCUUGUCUGGCCAAGGUUAGAUGGGAUGGUAGGUAUAUACCUUCGCCUCUUCCUUCUUGCCUCAAGCGAACUCGUAUCUUGAUCUUAGACGAGAAUGUGUUCUAUAUUGAAUCUCAAGAACACUUUUCACAUCAUAAUAGACUGUUCACUUAGUCAGCUGUGAAGGACAUAGCGUUGCUAUGGCUUCUCCUCGAUACCUUCUUCACCGUUAUAACGGCACCCAAUUCUCUAUCGUCGAGACCAAUGGACACUCUUACGACUACGACAUCGUCUCCUAUUGCUGGGGAGAUCCUGUAGACAAGUAUCAGUACAACCAUUUUAGAGAGAAGGGCGAAGACGAUGGCCUUGACUCCGAAAAAGACCAAAUUGAAGGACUGAAAUGGAACAUCACCAUCAACCGGGAAAAGGUAAAGGCGUUUAAGAAGUUGAUGUGCUUCAAAGAUGUGGAUUUUAUGUGGGUAGACUCCCUUUGCAUCAACAAGGCCGACAAGCAGCAAGAGGCCGAGGAACUCGCCAAGAUGUUCCAGUACUAUAAGCAAGCACGAAAUUGCUAUCUGAUGAUGGACAUGCCUGAGCUCUUCGACCCGCAACAGAUUUCAGACGACCUUAAACUUCUCGACCACAUCACGUCUAACAUCGGCGGGGCGUCGCUGCUGGUUGAGACAAUGAGGUUAUCGCCGAAUCUAGAAGAGCGCCUCCAAGGUUGGGCGAAGAAGCCUUGGAUAUCCGACGUAUUGUCAGAAGCGGCUGCGGAAACUUCGGGGAUGGACAUCAGUGUGAUGAACUGUUACAACACGUGCAUUAGUCAAGUCAAGUCAAUCUUCGAGAACAAGUACUUCACUCGAGUUUGGACUUUCCAAGAAAUGAUUCUGGGGAAGAAUCUCCAUAUCAUAGGAGUGACUGAAAACAACCUGUCCAGCGUAGGGUCUCUCUUCAAAUGGAUGGAGCUGGCCAGGGACUGUGACGAUAAAGCGCAUAAGCUUUAUGACUGGAUAAACGACGCAAGAAUCGUCAAGACCGCCUCCAUUGGCUUGGUUUUGCGGUUGAUACUAGACGACAUAGAUCACCUGGGCGCACUAAAGAAAAUGGUAAUGAGCAUUGAUGCUGCUAGAAUCGACAUUAUUAACGGCGGCCCACAAUGGUGGGUAGAAAACCAGAAAGGAAUCAGCAACAUAUUCUCGGCAAUUGCUCUUACGCCGAGGUCCUGCAGAGACAUGGAGGAUCUGUUCAGAGGACUACUCGGUAUCUUCAGCGGGCUCUUUACACCCGCUGAAAUUGACGCAGAAUUUACGGGAAAUGACAUGAACAAGAUGUCGUUCACUUUCUUCAAGCGACUCUCUAGCAGGACCGGCGUCGCGUGGACCAAGCUCUCCGUCAGUUCGAGACAGAGAGGUCAGUGGGACUGGAUCCCCGUAGUCGAGCAGAAACGCGACCCAAUUGAACAAUAUGAGAACGCCAAGCUAGAAGCAGAGAGUGACACAGAGAAAGAAGUAGAAGGAGCAGGGGUGGUAGAGCUGAAGAAGGAGCCAGAACCAAACCACCUCAAGACCGAUAUCUUCACAGGUGUAGUUAGGUUAGGGUACCUUAGACAAUCAGGCGUGGCAAAGGCACGCGGACUGACAGGACUCCUUGGGAAGCCACGGAAGCUCAUGAGUGUCCACCUGAAAGAGGAGAAUCCUCAAUUCCACUUCAUCUUUAAGGGCUGCAAUUGUGGAAAAUCCACCGGCCUCUUCAGGCGGGAGAAGAUCCCUACUCAUGACCAACCAGUUGCUAUAACUGGCGAUGAGACGGGAAGGACACUCGCAGAGUGCGCUACAAUCCUCGGCUGUAUUAUGGAUCCUGCUGGCGAUGCGCUUGAAUACAAGAGAAGGUUGCUCCAUCGCUUAGCCCCAGACUGGACUAUGACGGAUAUCAAUGCGAAGCCCUUCCAGUGGCCCGACCGAUGUGUCUCGGGUACCUAUUGGGCAUCCAUCCAAUCGCCCUUCGAUCUACCUACUCAUAGCAUGUCGAUGAACUAUAGGUUCGGCGCCAUAACCAGUUGUGGCUCACGGCUCGCCAAGGGCAGCACCGCGAACAUCUCGUGCGAAGUUCGCGUCAACUGCGGGUGUACCAUCACCGCACCCUUCAGUCUUAUUUUCGAGGCCCUGACCGCCGUGAGUGGCAGCAAUCUCGGCGGUGCGAAUGCCAGGGUCGACGAGGAAGACCGGAUCUUCCUAAGCGACGGGCUGGGACUGGUGCAGGUUGGGGAUCUGGGCAAGACGUACAACCUGAUGGCUUUCGGGGGCGACUUGAAGUUCCACACCAGCUGGGCGAGCUCCUGCCGCUCGAGCAGAAAGACUGUGCCGCAGAAGCUCGUGCAGACGGCACCGCCUACGGGCAGGGCAUUGAUCAAGUCGGAUUUCACCCAUGGCAUGAUGAACGUGCUGAGGAAUUACGGGUAUGUGGAGACGCGCAGUGGCAACUUGUUGAUAUAUCGCGACCACCCCCUUGCUAGGUACAAGAUUACCGGAGUCUGCAUCGACGCAAAGAUUCAGAGGAAGAAUGAAGUCAUGGAUCAGAGUGGUGUGCCGCUUACGAAGGGUGUAAGGAUUAAGUAACUUGUCAAGUGAGCGAUUGUUGUGAGGGGGAGGCUUGUGAGAUUACUACGGGUGUCACUGAUUAAUAUGUGGUAGGAUGUAUGAUUAGGUGUCGAUUUGGGUAACCAGGAAUUUCAUAUACUUAGUGGGCAAUAUUCAGUCUGGAAUUUUGUGCUUUUUGUAGCUUAGUAAUUAAUAAAGCUACCACGUUCCUUGAUAUCUUUGCAUCGUGACCUAUCGACGUUGUUGCUCCUCGGCACC